AUGGCGGCCGUCGUAGCGCUCAAGAAGGAUCUGAGGAAGAAGAUCAAGGCCAUCUUGAAAGACGUCUCCGAUGCAUCAGCUGAAACCCAAUCCGCCCAUGCUGCGAAAGCUCUGUUUGCCACGCCAGAGUACAAGGCAGCCAAGCGCAUCAGUGUGUAUCUUUCCAUGCCUGCGGGCGAGAUCAUGACCAACAGCAUUGUGCACGACGCAAUCGCCCAGGGCAAGCAGGUCUUUGUUCCGCACACGUACGGGCGCAAGUGCCACGAUGGCCCAAAGUCCAUCAUGGACAUGCUCCAACUGGCGUCGCUGUCCGACUUUGAAGCGUGCGAGCCGGACAAAUGGGGCAUUCCUACGUUCGGCGAGGACACCAUCUCAACACGUGAAAACUGCUUCGGCACGACUGGCACCACCAGAGGCAACAACGACAACAUCACUGACGGGCUCGACCUGAUCGUCAUGCCGGGCAUGGCUUUCGAUUCAGAGUUCGGGCGCCUUGGACACGGCAAGGGCUACUACGACUUCUUCUUGCAACGGUGUCACCAAGCAUCGCGCAUGCCUUUUCGCGGUAAGAAAUACUGGUAUUCGUACAUGGCUGAUGGGCUAACUAACCACGUCAAAGUUGGUCUGGCUCUGACCGAGCAGCUGCUUCCGCCAGGCGAAUCUAUCCCCAUGGACCAGUCCGACUAUCGUCUCGACGCCCUGAUCACCGGCGAUGGCGAGGUCCGUCGCGCUGGAUAA